AUGGUCUCUUCAGCGGAUACAAUUUCGAGUAAAAAUGCUCCCAAUGGAUCGGCUAAACACAAACGUAUAAUCAACGUUACUCACAUGAUACCAUACACACCAGUGCUCGAAAACUCCGCACAAAUCUCGCAAAAUCCUUCCAAUUCACAUCAUUGGGUCUUGAAGCCGCGUCGAGGUCACUCUGCUCUUUACUCUGGUUUAAAUUCUUUAAGUUCUACUUGGAAUAAUCAUUAUGUGGGUUACAUUGGAACGAUACUCGACUCUGAAGAAAAAGCAAUUGAGUUUAGCGAUUUUUCAGAAGAAUUUAAACAUACAAUACAAACACGUUUAAAAAAAGAAAAUAUUUAUCCGGUAUUCCUUGAAAACGCCGAACAUCAUGGUCACUAUGAUGGGUAUUGUAAAUAUGUAUUAUGGCCAUUGUUCCAUUACAUUUUAUGGGAUACCGCUACCGAUGGUCGCGUAGAAAAAACGAGUUGGGAUCAAUACGUUAAAGUUAAUAAAAGAUUCACAGAUAAAAUUGUGGAGAUUUAUAAGCCGGGAGAUCUAGUAUGGAUCCACGAUUAUCACCUUUUGUUGGUUCCUGAAAUGUUACGAGAAAUACUCCCCGAUGCUGCAAUUGGUUUAUUUAUUCAUGCCCCAUUCCCUUCUUCGGAAAUUUUCCGGUGUUUGCCUAAGAGGAAAGAAAUUUUGAAUGGAAUGUUGGGAGCAAAUCAAAUCGGAUUUCAGGGAUCGAUAGUAUCCAUUGGUACUUUCCCUAUUGGGAUCGACUCUGAGAGAGUCGAAGCCCAAAGGAAGCAUCCUGAUGUUGCACCAAAGAUGGCAGCGAUUAGGGAAAUGUAUGCGGACAAAAAGAUUAUCGUUGGAAGAGAUAAGCUAGAUUUGGUCAAAGGCGUCCUUCAAAAAUUACACGCUUUCGAAAAGUUCUUGGAAGAUUAUCCUAAAUGGCAGGGAAAGGUUGUUUUGAUACAAGUCACUUCCCCAGCUCUCAGUGAAUCACCAAAAUUAGAAAAAAAAGUAUCAGAGGUCAUCGCUAAGAUAAAUGGUACAUACGGUUCUCUCGAGUUCACUCCUGUUCAUCAUUAUCAUAAUCAUAUGGAUCAGGAUGAAUAUUAUGCGCUCUUAAGUGUUGCAGAUCUAGGUCUCAUUACUUCUGUACGCGAUGGAAUGAACACUACAUCACUUGAAUAUAUCAUGUGUCAGCAGGAAAACCAUGGUCCACUUAUCUUGAGUGAAUUUACAGGAAUGGCUGGGUCUUUGGGAGCUGCUAUAAUGGUAAAUCCUUGGGAUUAUGAUGGAGUUGCAAAGACAAUCAAUGAUGCCUUAAGUUUGCCCGCGGAAGAGAAAAAGGCAAAGCAUAUGCAACUAUACAAACAUGUUACCGUUCAUACAGCCCAAUUCUGGGCAAAGUCUUUUACCAAAGAAUUAGGAACAUUAACACCGAUCGUGAGAACUCCAAGCGCGGCAGUUCCUCCACCUCGUAUGCUUGAGGCAUUAGAUGAACUUACUAAUGAUCCUAAUAACACUACUUGGGUUGUUUCCGGGCGUGAUUCAACUACAUUAGAAAAUUGGCUCGGCUCCGUUAAAAAACUUGAGCACGGGAGUUUCCUUAAAAACCCAGAUGGUGAUAAAUGGAUUAAUCUGACAGAAGAUAUAGAUAUGAGCUGGAAAAAUGAUGUGUUAGAGAUCUUUACAUAUUACACUGAACGUACACAAGGAUCUUUCAUAGAACGUAAACGUUCUUCUAUUACAUGGCAUUAUCGUCAGGCAGACCCAGAGUAUGGUGCAUUUCAAGCCAAAGAGUGUCAAAAUCAUCUUGAAAAUGCAAUUCUUCCGAAAUUACCGGUCGAAAUUCUAUUAGGAAAGAAAAAUUUGGAGGUCAGACCAACAACAAUUAAUAAAGGAGAAAUUGUAAAGCGUUUAUUGGCGUCUCACCCAGAUGUAGAUUUUGUAUUCUGCGCUGGAGAUGAUAGAACUGACGAAGAUAUGUUUAGAUCAUUGAGAAAAUCAGAGCUGCCAAUCGAUAACUAUUUCUGCACAACAAUUGGUGCGGCUAAUAAGAAAACUCUAGCUGGGUGGCAUGUUUCCUCGCCUGAAGAAUUAAUUCAGGUUAUGCAAAAAAUGGUAGAAACUAGUAAAAUGAAUUAA